AAACGACUUAUGGAUACGGGGGAAGGGGGUGAGCAAGAUGCUCAAGCUGAUUCAGCCAAUCACCCAGAACUAUACAGAGCUGCAAUGAAAGGGAGAUGGAAAAAGGCUAAAGUCAUCUUUGAUCAAGAUCCAGAUGCAGUGAAAAGAAAAAUCUCCAACCUUGGCAUGACAGCCCUUCAUGUGGCGGCUAGCUGCGGCCGGUCAGAGUUUGUGGAGCAGUUAGUGAAGAUUCUAUCUCGGGAGCAGCUUGAGGCCAUAGAUCAACUUGGCCGAACUGCUCUCCAUCACGUGGCCUUAGCUGCAGAUGUGGACGCUGCCAAAGCAGUGGUGGCUAAGAACCCAAAUUUGCCUUACCUUGGGGAUGUGAAUAGACUUACCCCCCUCUUCUAUGCUGCUAAAUGGCGACAUCCAUCACAAAGCAAGAAAAUGGUGGAGUAUCUCUGCCAAGUAAUUACUGAGGACGAAAAUGUGCCUGUUCUUCUUGAGGGCAGAGUUUGCAAUGCCUUCACGGAUGAUUCAGCUCCCGACUUAAUUGUGGCAAUCACUGCUACGGGAUCAUAUGAUACUGCUUUGCGUAUCCUUGAGAGAUAUCCUGAGUUGGCUUAUAAAGAAAACCACAACAAAAUGUCCAUACUUCAUGUACUCGCAAUGCAGCCUAAAGCAUUUGCAAGUGGAAAUAAAAUUUCUGCAUGGAUAUCCUGGAUUUAUAAAUUGGUACAAGUUGAUAAGGAGGAAACUAAGCACAAAGAUUCAACAAGUGGGGUUGCUAUACAAGUUGAUAAGGAGGAAACUGAGCACAAAGAUUCAACAAGUGGUGUUGCUAACAGCAAGAAUCGAGACUCAGCAGCUUUAUUCUUCAAAUUUAUGAGCAAGUUCAAUAAAGGAAUAUGGAAGAUGUUCAAAACAAUGCAAAGAAACUUGGAUGCAGUUAGACUUGUAAAGUUUGUCUGUAAAGAGUUGCAAAAACAAGAAAUGGAAUUUGUUCAGAAUUACUUCAUCCCCAAGGAUAGAACUGCAAUCUUGCACUUAGCCGUGGAGCAUGGAGUAUAUGAACUUGUACAAGAAUGUUUAAAACAUUUUCCUGAUCUAAUUUGGUAUGCAGAAACAGCCACGGGAGGUGUGUCGUCGCGUGAUGCCACAGGUGUUCAAUACACAUACACGGCCACUGGCCGUUUGCUGUUGCAUGAUGAUCAAUAUACAGACACAUCCACCGGACAUUUCACGUUGGAUGACGGUCAAUAUGCGAACAUACCUACCGGACGUUUGUUGUUGCAUGUAGCUAUUGAGCAUCGCCGAGUGGAGAUAUUUAAUUACUUGAUUAAUUUGAUUGGAAAAAAUACAAAGGCGUAUGCCGACUUACAACUUGAGGGGAAAAAUAAUUCCCUUCAUCUGGCAGCAAAAUUGGCUCCUACACCUCAACUCCAAUCCGUCCCAGGUCCUGCAUUUCAGAUGCAGCGAGAAUUACAAUGGUUCAAGGCCGUGGAAGCAUUAGUCUAUUUUGAGUUAAGGACAGAAAAGAACUCGGGUGGAAAAACACCUCGAGAAUUAUUCUUUGAUGAGCAUAAAGAUUUGCUAACUAAUGCAAAGGAAUGGAUGAAGGAUAUGUCAAAUUCGUGCAUGGUCGUAGCUACUCUGGUUGCAACAGUUGCAUUUGCUGCUAUGAUAACUGUACCCGGUGGCAACAAUGGCAACACGGGCGUCCCGAUUCUGGCCAGGAAAAAACUUUUCCUGGCAUUUUCCAUAUCAAACGCGUUUUCCAUGAUAUUCUCCGCCAUUUCUCUGCUCAUGUUCCUCUCGAUGCAAACAUCGAGAUAUACAGAAGACGAUUUUCUGGACUUACUGCCCAAGGUUUUGCUGAGAGGUCUAAUUUCCUUGGGUGUCGCUGUAGCCACAAUGAUGAUAUCUUUUGGUACAGCAAUAGGAUUGUCACUUCAGACAAGGCUUAACUGGGCUUACAUUCCCAUCACUGUCGUUGCUUGUUUCCCUGUUAUCAUUUUCACCUGGUUGCAGCUUCCUUUGCUUUUGCAAGCGCUCCUAUUCAAAUCUGGACCUGGCAUUUUUCAGGGACAAAGGGAUCGCAAGUCUUGGCGUCUCAGGAAAAUUGGCCACCGUCUAUUGUUGGCAAAUGACAGGGUUUGA